UCGAAGCUCUGAGGGAGGCGGAGGCGGCGGACGGCGGCGGCGAUGUCGGUGCAGGUGGCGGCCCCCGCGGUGGAGCUGAAGGAGCUGAGCGGUCCCAUGGAGAAGGGCUGCGAAGCGACGACCGUUCCUCAUCCCUCCCCUGGGGUUCCGUGUUCCGGAACGGAGAGGGAAGCGGUCACGGCGGCCGAGAGGCCACCGCCGGGUGCGGUGAAGGUGCCUCAGGCCUCGGCCAUGAAGCGAAGCGAUCCCCACCACCCACAGCACCGGCAUCGCGAUGGGGGGGUCGGCGUGGGGGGGGCGGCGGCGGCGGCGGCGGCGGCGGACGGCGGAGCGGCGGCCGAAGCUCUCGUCAGCCCCGACGGCACCGUUAGUGAAGCGCCCCGCACCGUUAAGAAGAUCCAGUUUGCUGACCAGAAGCAGGAAUUCAAUAAGCGCCCGACGAAAAUCGGCCGCCGCUCGCUGUCCCGCUCCAUCUCACAGUCGUCAACAGACAGCUACAGCUCAGCUGCCUCCUACACCGACAGCUCUGACGAUGAGACCUCCCCCCGAGACAAGCAGCAGAAGAACUCCAAGGGCAGCAGUGAUUUCUGUGUGAAAAACAUCAAACAGGCAGAAUUUGGGCGUCGAGAGAUCGAAAUCGCUGAGCAAGAAAUGCCUGCGCUGAUGGCGUUGAGGAAGAGAGCUCAGGGAGAAAAGCCACUGGCUGGGGCCAAGAUUGUGGGCUGCACACACAUCACAGCCCAGACAGCGGUCCUGAUGGAGACCCUGGGUGCCCUGGGGGCCCAAUGCAGGUGGGCUGCAUGCAACAUCUACUCCACCCUCAAUGAAGUGGCCGCUGCCCUCGCUGAGAGCGGAUUCCCCGUCUUCGCUUGGAAAGGAGAAUCUGAAGACGAUUUCUGGUGGUGCAUCGAUCGCUGCGUCAACGUGGAGGGCUGGCAGCCCAACAUGAUUUUGGAUGACGGAGGAGAUCUCACUCACUGGAUCUACAAGAAAUACCCCAACAUGUUCAAGAAGAUCAAGGGGAUCGUAGAGGAGAGCGUCACCGGAGUGCACAGGCUCUACCAGUUGUCCAAAGCAGGGAAACUCUGCGUCCCAGCCAUGAAUGUAAAUGACUCAGUGACAAAGCAGAAGUUUGACAACCUGUACUGCUGCAGGGAGUCCAUCUUGGACGGCCUGAAGAGGACAACAGACAUGAUGUUCGGAGGGAAGCAGGUGGUGGUGUGUGGCUAUGGGGAGGUGGGCAAGGGCUGCUGCGCGGCGCUGAAGGCCAUGGGCUCCAUCGUCUACGUGACUGAGAUCGAUCCCAUCUGCGCCCUGCAGGCCUGCAUGGAUGGGUUCAGGCUCGUGAAGCUCAACGAAGUCAUCAGACAGGUGGACAUUGUCAUCACCUGCACAGGCAACAAGAAUGUAGUGACCAGGGAGCACCUGGACCGGAUGAAGAACAGCUGCAUCGUCUGCAACAUGGGGCACUCCAACACUGAGAUCGAUGUGGCAAGCCUGCGCACACCGGAGCUGACCUGGGAGCGGGUGAGGUCCCAGGUGGACCACGUCAUCUGGCCAGAUGGGAAGCGAAUAGUGCUGCUGGCGGAGGGCCGCCUGCUGAACCUGAGCUGCUCCACGGUGCCCACCUUUGUGCUGUCCAUCACCGCCACCACGCAGGCUUUGGCUCUGAUAGAGCUGUACAACGCUCCCGAGGGCCGCUACAAGCAAGACGUGUACCUGCUGCCAAAGAAAAUGGAUGAGUACGUGGCGAGCCUCCACCUCCCGACAUUCGACGCGCACCUGACAGAGCUCACGGACGAGCAGGCCAAGUACCUGGGGCUGAACAAGAACGGGCCCUUCAAACCCAACUACUACAGGUAUUAAGUUCCUGCCGCUGUCGCCACGAGGAACAGAACCCAAAUCCUUUCUCAACUACUGUACAGGAUGAAGCAGCGCAAGCUUGCUACGCUCGAGCCGGGCUUGCUCUCGUAGUAGACCGUGUGUUAGGUUAUUUAUUUAUUGAAUUAGAGUUCUGUGCGCGGCUCUGCCUCGUGUUCGUGCUGCCGCGGACUGGGAGACGCUCCGUUUCUUUCCCUUCGUUUCGUUUCUCUCUUUGUGGUCGUUCCCAUUCGGGGCUGUGUGAGGAUGAGGGUGAGGAAGGAGCCGAUGGGGUGGGGACUCCGCUGCGCUGCUGCUCCGUUCCCAGUGCCAAGCUUUGCCGUGAACCAAAGUUUCCUUCCUGCUGCUCGCGUUGUUCCGAAUCGCGGCCGGAGCGCGACGGCCGACGGCACCCACGUCAGCUCCUCUGCAGCCUCGUUGGGAACACGCAGAGCCUGAUUUCCCGGUGACGUUCCUCCAUCACAUCCAUCAAACCCCCUCUGGGCGGAGGAGCCGCCUGCGCCCUGUCGGCGUCCAGUUGGGAACUGCCGUCAUUCCGCGAUGGAGGUUGGCCAACUGUUGGCCACAAAGCGGAGCUGCAUGGCGGUGUCCCAGCACCCCUCGUCCCGUAGGCACCGCUCGAUCCACCUGAAGAUUCCUUCAUCCACCUCCGGUCGCUGCCUGCUGCAGCUCCUCGCCGUGUCCUCGCCGUCACUCACGCACAAGAAAGGAGGAGCUGUGGAAGCGCGGCCCCGCAGCCUCAUCCUGCAGCCAGCAGUUCUCCCUGCUCCACAACUGUGCCCAGAUCGGAGAUUUUGGGAAGAGUCCGCGGAGCUGUUGGAUGUUUUAUGCUGGGGGCAGCGCUGGGCUGAGCGUCUGUCCAUGGAGUGUUCCUACACUGAGCUUCCCAGCGCCGAGCGUCCCUACGUGGCUCAGUUUCCCGGUGCUGAGCAUCUACACAUUGAGCACCCCAACGUGGAGCUCGGCACCUCAAAAUGGAGCUCAGCACCCCAGAAUAGAGCUCAGCAGCCAGGUUGGAGAUCAGCACCCCAACAAAGAGCUCAGCACCCAACUUGGAUCUCUGGAUCCCCACAUGGAGCUCUGGAUCCCCACAUGGAGCUCAGCACCCAGCAUGGAGCUCAACACCCCAACAUGGAGCUCAGCACCCCAACAAAGAGCUCAGCACCCAACUUGGAUCUCUGGACCCCAGUAUGGAGCUCGGUACCCCAACAUGGAGCUCAGGAUCCCCACACGGAGCUCAGCACCCAACAAAGAGCUCAGCACCCAACUUGGAUCUCUGGAUCCCCACAUGGAGCUCAGCCCCCCAAAUGGAGCUCAGCACCCCAAAAUAGAGCUCAGCCCCCCAAAUGGAGCUCAGCAGCCAGGUUGGAGCUCAGCACCCCAACAAAGAGCUCAGCACCCAACUUGGAUCUCUGGACCCCAGCAUGGAUCUCUGGAUCCCCACAUGGAGCUCAGCCCCCCAAAUGGAGCUCAGCACCCCAACAAAGAGCUCAGCACCCCAAUAUGGAGCUCAGCACCCAACAAAGAGCUCAGCACCCAACAAAGAGCUCAGCACCCAACUUGGAUCUCUGGACCCCAACAUGGAGCUCUGGAUCCCCACAUGGAGCUCGGUACCCCAACAUGGAGCUCAGCACCCCAAUAUGGAGCUCAGCACCCAACAAAGAGCUCAGCACCCCAAAAUGGAGCUCAGCACCCAACAAAGAGCUCAGCACCCCACACUGAGCUCACCGCUGCCCCAGGAUCAUCUCUCCCGGCGGCCGUGCCGAUUUCUAAGCCCUGAUUUACCUUCAUUUCUCUUCCAGGUGAUAGGACAAAAAAAAAAUAAUCAAAAAAAUUACCCCCCCAAAUGGCCCCACCUUUUCCCACCUCUAUUUUUAAAGUCCUUCUCCGUGUCAUUCUGCUUCUCCUGUCAGCUUUUCCGCUUGCUUGGCUUUUCCUAAUCAAUCUGGAAUUAUAAUAUUCUGUGAUCAUCUCUAAAUUAAAACGUGUAAUUUUUUUUUUCUUCUUUUUUUUUUUUUUUUCUUUCUUUUUUUAACGUAACACAUUUUUAAAGAAUUAGGAAAAGGAGAUUUAGGUAACACCAGCAAAAUCGCAUAAGGAAAAUAAUUCAGUUCUGAUCUUUAGAAACAAAUGAGACAAAACCCAUCAUCGUCAGCUGCAGAGAGGGCAGCAAAACUUGGAGAACAUUUUCAAAAGGAUGUUUUAAUUAUUGAUGUCUGAGUGAUUGUAUUAGAGCAGCAAUAAAGACUCUGUAAUCUCAAAACGGAAAUAAAAUAUUGGAAAACCAA